UAAGCGUUGCAGUGCAGUGCAGGCGGUCUCAACUGUCGACCGCGCCACCUUUCCUUGUCCAAGCAGAUCAUCGCCUAUGGCUCCUCGGUUUCCCCUCGUCCUCGUCGGGGCGCUCCUCGCCGUCGCGCUCGGCGCGGUGCCCUGCGAGAGCGCCGCGGCCGCGCCCCGCCUCCGCGGCUCCGUCGCCUGCCUCGACUGCGCCGCGGGACACGACCUCUCCGGUGUGGUGGUGGCGGUGAAAUGCGCCGGCAACGGCGACGGCGGCGGCGCGGGUAUGCACGCGGCGCAGACCGACGGUGGCGGCAACUUCGACGUGGCCGUGCCAGGAGCGUCAGCCUCUUCGGCCUCGCAGCCGUGCGCGGCGAGGGUCCUCGGCGCCACGGAGCAGCUCUGCGCGCCACAGCGGCUCACGGUCGCGCGCGUCGUCCCGGCACGGGCGCGGGCGCCUGGCUCCGCCGCCGCCGCCUCGUAUGUCUUGGGCUCCCGCCUCGCCUUCUUCACAAGGUGCGCCGCAGCUACCGGCAGCUCCGCUGUCGCGACGACCAUGGCGGCCGACCGUGACCACCACCACAACCAGGGGAACGCCCCACCGGAGCCAGAGCUAAGGCCGACGGCCCCGGCGGUGCCGACGCCGGUGUCGCCUCCGCCAUUUGCUGGAGGCGGCAACAGCCCACCCUUCGGUUUUGGAGGACUGCCUCUCAUCGUCUUCUUCCCGUUCAUCCCGAUCAUCGGCAUCCCUUGAACGUGAACGUUGCCGUGUCCGAAGUACUACUAGGACACUUAUAUUUGAAUUACCAUGUCCGGUUCUAAGUAAUCUUCAGGUAUCAUGACAUGAUGCUAGUGUAUGCACGCUAAACAGCAGCCAAUAAUGCGCAGGAGAUUGUAUUUUCCAGCGAGUAA